AUGCGCAGCAACGCCCCCGAGAUAACGCACGCGUUGCCAGGCAACGAGGGACGCUCAGGGUGCGCGCAUGCGCAGUGGGCGCCGCGCAGCGGCCGUUGCCGGGGUGGGUGUAACGGGAGCCGCGCAUGCGCAGUAACGGGCGCGCACCUGCCCCCAGGUGCGCUCAUGGAGCCGGGGGAGGACGGGGCGGGCCCAGGCCCGGGCCUGGAGCUCGCGGAGCUCGAGCCCGAGCCUGAACUCGAUCCUAAACUCCAUCCCAAGCCGGAUCCCGGUGCCGAUCCCGGUGCCGAUCCCGAUGCCGGUGCCGAUGCCGGUACCGGGUCCGGUGCGGACUGGGCGCGGCAGCAGCGAAUCGCCGCCCGCCGGACCCGCAUCGAUGUCCGGCGCCGGGAAGCGCUUGGAGAGAAGGUGGAGCAGGAAGAGGAGGAGGAGGAGGAGGAAGAGAAGAGCAAGAGCCUGAAGCUGAUUGAGGAGACCGAGAGGGCCCUGGCCAAGCUGCUUUUCCACGGGACGCAGCUGCUGACCAGCGUCCAGGUGGAAUCCGACCUCCGGGAAUCGCGGCGGCGGGAGAAGGACAGGCGGGAGAAGCGCAGGAGGCUGGAGAAGCUGGAGGCGGACGCCGUGCACGGCACGGAGAAGUUGGAGGAGAUCAACUCCAAGUGGGCCCUGGCGGGGGAGGUGAAGAUCCCGCAGGAAUUGUGGGAGCUGCUGGAGCAGCAGCGGGAGGAAUGCGAGCAGCUCCUGGCCGGGAAGAACCGGCUCAUCCGGGAGCUCCAGGAGGAGCUGAGGGCCCGGGACGAGCGCUACGAGCAGGCGCUGCGGGAGCAGGCGGAGGCCGUCCGGGUGCUCCUGGAAAGGAUGGAGGAGCAGACCCGGGACACGCUCCGGUCCUACCGGCACCACCUCCGGCGCAUCGAGAAAGCGUUCGAGGAGGAGCGGCGGGAGAUGCUGGUGAGCAACCGGGAAAGGUGGAACGAGGCCAUGCGGGCCCACAACGAGCAGGAGCUGGAAUUCCUGCGGAAGCAGAUGGACAAGGCGCUGGAUUUCGAGCGGCAGCUGAACGAGCUGCAGGAUGCGAGCGUGGAGAUCCACGACAACCUGAAAUCCCAGCUGGAGCAGGACGUGGAGCACCUGGAGAGGAAGCUCCGUCAGAUGAAGGGCGUUUACCACCUGAACCAGGUGAAGCUGGAAUACAACCUGGACGUGCUCCGGCAGCUGGACGUGGAAAAUUCCACGCUCCGGUCCCUGCAGAAGAGGAAAAUCAGCCGGCUCAGGAGCACCCUGGAGCUGCUGAAGGACAGAAUGGCCAAGCAGGAGGCGAAAUUCCAGGAGGAAAAGCAGGGCCUGGAGUCGGAGCUGGAGCGCGUGGCCGGGCACUUCCAGGAGACGCGGGAGCGGAUGAGGCAGCUGGCGCGCAGCAGCGCCGAGCGGUUCCGGCAGGUCUGGAUCGUGAACGAGGAAGAGGCCAAGGCGUUGAUCCGGGAGGUUCUGGAUGCCGAUCGGAUCAUCCACGUCCAGCAGCUGGGAAUGCCGUGGGAAGAGCCCCAGUUGUGGUUCAUGGACAACGUGGGACCCCUGGGAGGCAGCCAGGAGAAGAGGGACGCCAUGGAGCUGGCCACGAAGCUUCUGGAAGGGAUCAACCCUGGAAAAGCGGAUCAGGAAGGGAGGAGGAGCAGGAAGAAGGGAGCCCGGAGCGCCGAGGGCGGGAAGGAAAACCAGGAAAGGAUGGAGGACAGAAUCACAUCCCGGCCGGGCAUUCCCAGGAAAACCCUCCGGAGAAUCCUGGAGGUCAUGAGCGAGGAGUCGGCAUUCCUGCUGGAGAACAAACUCCUGAAGCCGCUGCGGGAGGUGGUGGGACCCAGGAACGACGUCCAGCAGCUCCAGACCAUCUUCCAGGCCCUCCGGAUCGAGGACGAGGACGAGCUGCGCGCCCUCGUGGAUUUUUUCCUGGACUACGAAUCCCACCACGCGCCCAAGAUCCCGGCAGGAGAUCCCGCGGAUCCGGCCGGGAAGAGCGGAUCCCGUUCCCAGGGCGGAUCCCCCGGGAGCGCCCCUCGCCUCCCGCCCGUCCAAGCGGAUCACGUGCUGACGAUCCUGAGGGAAUUCCUGCAGGAAUUUGCCAAGCUGAGGGACGAAGGCCCCCCCAGGGAGAUCCAGGACAUCCGGGACAAUUCCAAGGACGGGGAAUACUGGGAAGCCCUGACCCGCAUCCUUCCCCAGCAGAAACUCAAACUCUGGGACGCGCUCGGAGCCGCGCUCCUGGAAUAUCACAAAGUGCUGACCAGGAGAUCCGAGCUCUUUUCCGAGGCCACGGCCCUGCAGCGGCAGAACUCGGAGCUGGGAAUGCUGCUGGAGGAAUAUCUGGGAUCCAUGCAAGGGCGCUGA